AUGUCAGACGACAAAAUAGCCAGUUGGGCUGGUAGUGUAGUAAUUAGUACGAGUGUUAGUAUUGUCUUAGGUUUAUACUCUACCUAUUCUGGACGAAAUGGAUGGUAUAAAAAUAACGGAAAGUUAUCAAUAAUUUUAGCAAUAGUGGUUCCUUUGAUAAGUUUAAUUGGACUCGUUGGAAUGUGUAUUGGAGUUAACGAUGAUAUUGAUCGAUUAAAUUUAUUAAGUUUACCAAAUCCUUUUUGGCCUGAAUUGACAUUUUUUUUCAAUACAUUACAUUCUUUUAUUGUAUUUAUUAUUGAGGAAUGGAUAUAUUCUAAUUGUACUAAUUAUUCACGAAUAGAAACUUAUAUGUCACUAUUUCUUGGUUAUCCUAUGUUAGAGAGAUAUGCAGAUAAUAUGGGAAUGAAUAAGAAAGAUAUUCUAAAAUUGGUUAGAAAUCGUUCUAAUGAGGAUACUUUUCGUAAAAUGGCUAAUAAGUAUCAAAUAUCAGUAGAAGAAUUAAAAAAUAGAUUAAAUAGUCAUGGAAAAGUGAUUGUGCGAUUUCCAAUUAUGAUAUAUGUUUUUAUAUGGUUAUUUGUAAUUGUAUUAGCAGUUCCAGGUUAUAUACUUGUUUUUAGAGGAUUGGUUAAUUUACCAGUAGUUUAUACACAAUGGUUUAGAACUGUAUUAAAUGCUGUUCACUUACAUA